ACAUAUUCAUAAAAUAAAAUAAGGGGAGCUGCGGAGGCGGAGCCCUAUCCUAGGGAUUAGUUUAUGGUUAUAUGUGAAUAUAGGUUUUGUGGAAUCUUUACAUAAGGUACAGUGACUAGUCCUUAUACUCAUUAUAUUAAGUGCAAAGGAUUAGUCAGGAGUGUCAAUAACCAGCAAAUUGGUUAUCGUUUGAGAAAACUGUAUCUUGUGAAUUUUCCUAUGUUGGAGUUUGCUGAGUUCUCAACAAACUCAAAGAUUUAUAAAAUCUGAAGUGUAUCAACGAAAUGUUAAGGCCUAUAAUUCCGAAAUUAAAUGAUUUUAUACUUGUAACUUCAGGACAGAAGAAAUGGAUCCUUGGACAGUAAUCUACAUAUCCAAAGCCCAAGUUGAUUCACAAUUCAAAUGUCGUAUUUGCUUGAAACACUACAGUAUCAAUGAAAGAGCCAGCCGUUUGGUUUGUAGCCAUAUCUUCCACGAGGCCUGCAUCACCCAAUGGCUCCAGCGGGAAUAUACGUGUCCCAUGUGCCACAUGCAGAUUAGACCAGAAGUGGAGGUGACUAUUGAAGAUAACACUGUUGGAGUAGACAAUAUAGUGACAUUGUUAAGUAAAGCAUACCACUAUGUAUUUAAUAAACCCGACCACCCAGAUGGGGAGAAAAUGACAGAGAAUGAGGAGGGUAAGACAGAGGAUGAGAAUGAUAGUAAAGAUGAGGAGGGUAAGAUAGAGGAUGAGAAUGAUAAAACAGAUGAGGAGGGUAAGACAGAGGAUGAGAAUGAUAAAACAGAUGAGGAGGGUAAGACAGAGAAUGAGAAUGAUAGUAAAGAUGAGGAGGAUAUGAUAGAGAAUGAGGAUGAUAAAACAGAUGAGGAGGAUAAGACAGAGGAUGAGGAGGAUAAGACAGAGGAUGAGAAUGAUAGUAAAGAUGAGGAGGAUGUGGUAGAGGAUGAGAAUGAUAGUAAUGAUGAGGAAGACACGGCAGAGAAUGAGGAUGAUGAAACAGAUUAGGAGGACAUGACAGGGAAUGAGUAGAACAGAUAUAGAUAUGUUUAUUUAUUCUUAAACAUUUACAUGCAAUAGAUCUAAUCUCAAUAGGAUGCAAUUUCAAUUUGAAAUUUAAAACAGAUCCAUGAAAUUCAUUCAAAUACAUACAUUAUAUACAGACAAUGAUCAAUCAAUUUUGCAGCAAACACAUGGUUAAAUCACAGGUUUAAUACAGUUGAAUCAAAGUAUGGCUAAAAAAUCAGUAGUUAAUAAGUUAAAAAGGGUUUUAAAAACAAGUUAAAAUAUAGGUUAAGAAGGCUAGUAACAAUGUAACCUAGUGGAAGGCAUUCUUUUCUAACUUAACAUUCAAACGUAACAUAGAAACAUGAUACUUUUAAAAUGGUAACAUAGGCAUAACAUGAUAAAAAAUAAGCUAUAGUAUUGAAAAUAAAAAUAAAAAUACACAUACAAAUUACAACUCCUCAAAUUUUAACAUGCUAAUAUCAGAACAGUACACAGUUCUGCAGUGGUGCAGUUGGUUUUUGUACACAGAUGAACCAGAGAUACAAAAUAGGAUCAACUCAGCAAAUAGAUGUGUAUAUGCAUGCAAUAGGAUACUUUCAACCAAAUCUCUCUCUCACAAAACUAAAACUAGAAUAUACAAAACAA